AUGCAGCCUCAGGAUACGAUCAAGUUUGAAGGUGUGGAAGAGCCGUCCGAAAGGCUGGGAGCAACUGAGGAUCAUUCUCCAGAACUUGACUCCAGUAAGGAGUACCACGACUACCCAACCGGGAUCCGACUGGGUUUAAUCUGCCUCAGCCUAUGUCUAUCCAUUUUUCUGACGGCACUGGAUAACACCAUCAUCGCUACCGCAAUUCCUAAGAUAACCGACCAGUUCCAGAGCCAGGGAGAUAUUGGAUGGUAUGGCAGUGCUUACCUCCUUACGCAAGCCUCAUUGCAACUGCUUUUCGGGAAGGCAUACACAUACGGCUCAAUCAAAUGGAUAUUUCUAAUGGCUAUUGCGCUCUUUGAACUUGGUUCCUUGGUGUGCGGUGUGGCUCCCAACUCGACAGCACUCAUCUGCGGUCGGGCGAUUGCUGGGCUGGGUGCAGCGGGGAUCUCAAAUGGGGCAAUGAUCAUUGUGACGUACUCGGUGCCGCUGGUGAAGCGGCCGAUGUAUACGGGGCUGAUUGGCGCCAUGUACGGCAUUGCGUCCGUUGUCGGUCCCAUCCUCGGAGGCGUUUUCACAGACAAGGUGACAUGGCGAUGGUGUUUCUACAUCAAUUUGCCGAUCGGGGGAGUCGCCGUCAUGUUGAUCGUCAUCUUCUUCACAGCUCCUCAGCGUUCUGCCAUCACCGACAUGAGCUGGGGCGAUCGCUUAAAGCAAUUUGACUUUCUGGGCAGUUUAGUUUUCAUGCCGGCUGUUAUCUGUGUUCUUCUCGCGCUCCAAUGGGGAGGUACGAGCUAUCCCUGGUCCAACUGGCGCAAUAUCUUGCUCCUGGUCCUCUUCGGGGUUCUUGUGCUCUGCUGGCUCCUUCUACAGUACUUCAAAGGUGACUCAGCCACGGUUCCCCCUCGCCUAGUGGCGCAGCGAUCGGUUGCUGCUGCUUUAUGGUUCAACUUCUGCAUGGGCUCAUUCUUCCUCAUUCUGGUCUACUAUGUGCCAAUUUGGUUCCAGGCCGUCAAGGAUCAGUCCGCAAUGGGGUCCGGCAUUCGGACCCUGCCAUUUAUUCUGGGACUGGUCUUAGUGUCCAUUAUUGCAGGCAUUGGCGUGACUAUCGUGGGUUACUAUGCUCCGUUCAUGAUUGCAUCCUCGAUUGUAUCGUCCAUUGGUGCUGGCCUCUUGAUGACCUUUAGGCCGAGCACCGGCCAUGCACACUGGAUAGGAUAUCAAGCGAUUGUCGGAAUUGGGGUUGGAUUAGGCCUCCAGCAGCCUUUGGUUGUUUGCCAAACAGUCCUCUCCUUGGACGAUGUCCCAACCGGCACGGCCAUGAUGUAUUUUGUGCAGACCUUUGGUGGUGCGCUCUUCAUCGCGGUAGCUCAGAAUGUCUUUCAGAACCGUCUCAAAGAAGAACUGAUCAAAACAGUGCCUGAUGUUGACCCCAACGUGGUGGUAAGCACGGGGGCGACCAGUCUGCAGGGAUCUGUCAGUGCUCAGGAUCUCCCUCGAGUUCUCAGUGCGUAUAAUGCUGGACUGACCCGAGCGUUCUUGGUUGCCACUAUCAUGGCUGCUCUAACCCUCAUCGGCUCUCUUGCAGUACAGUGGAGGACCAUAAAAUCCACUAAGUCCGAGGCCAACAAGCCUAAUACGGACCUAAAUGAGAGUGUUGACAAGGACGCAACUACGGCGGCCGUGGGCGAUGCUCCAUAG